AUGUCUGCAAAGCCGGCAGACGCCUCGCGGCCUCAGAAGGUCCAUAUCGCUGAUACCGCCAUCACCCGUCAGAACUGGUAUAAGCAUGUCAACUGGUUGAACGUCACCCUCAUCAUCGGUGUCCCCGUGUACGGCUGCAUCCAGGCCCUCUGGGUCCCUCUGCAGCUCAAGACCGCCAUCUGGGCCGUCAUCUACUACUUCUUCACCGGUCUGGGUAUCACAGCAGGAUACCAUCGUCUCUGGGCGCACUGUGCCUACUCCGCUCGUCUUCCCCUGCGUAUUUGGCUCGCCGCUGUGGGCGGUGGUGCCGUCGAAGGUUCCAUCCGUUGGUGGGCUCGUGACCACCGGGCUCACCACCGCUACACGGACACCGAGAAGGACCCGUACUCCGUCCGCAAGGGCCUCCUCUACUCCCAUCUCGGCUGGAUGGUCAUGAAGCAGAACCCCAAGCGCAUCGGCCGCACCGAUAUCUCCGAUCUGAACGAGGACCCCGUCGUCGUGUGGCAACACCGCAACUACCUCAAGGUCGUCAUCUUCAUGGGCAUGGUUGUGCCUAUGCUGGUGGCCGGUCUUGGCUGGGGUGACUGGUGGGGUGGUUUCGUCUAUGCCGGUAUCCUGCGCAUCUUCUUCGUCCAGCAGGCUACCUUCUGUGUCAACUCUCUGGCCCACUGGCUCGGUGACCAGCCCUUCGAUGACCGCAACUCUCCCCGUGACCAUGUCAUUACCGCCCUGGUCACCCUUGGCGAGGGAUACCACAACUUCCACCACGAAUUCCCCUCUGACUACCGCAACGCCAUCGAGUGGCACCAGUACGACCCCACCAAGUGGUCCAUCUGGAUCUGGAAGCAGCUCGGCCUGGCCUAUGACCUGAAGCAGUUCCGUGCCAACGAGAUCGAGAAGGGCCGUGUUCAGCAGCUCCAGAAGAAGCUGGAUCAGAAGCGUGCCAAGCUCGACUGGGGUGUUCCUCUCGACCAGCUGCCUGUCAUGGAAUGGGACGACUAUGUCGAGCAGGCCAAGAACGGCCGUGGCCUCGUGGCCAUCGCCGGUGUGGUGCACGACGUGACCGACUUCAUCAAGGACCACCCCGGUGGCAAGGCCAUGAUCAGCUCGGGUAUUGGCAAGGAUGCCACGGCCAUGUUCAACGGUGGGGUGUACUACCACUCCAACGCGGCUCACAACCUGCUGUCCACCAUGCGGGUGGGUGUGAUCCGUGGUGGAUGUGAGGUGGAGAUCUGGAAGCGGGCCCAGAAGGAGAGCAGCGAGUACGUUCGCGAUGCUCAGGGUCAGCGCGUCAUUCGUGCGGGUGAACAGGUCACCAAGAUCCCGACGCCCAUCCCCACGGCUGAUGCUGCAUAA